AUGGUUGAGCUUGAUAUCGAGUGGACAAUUGAUUCCAUCAAUCGUCGCAGAUCACAAAAUCGAAUUGCACAACGCAAGUUUCGUCAAUCUCGAAAGACACCAAGAACUCCACAUAAUAAUAGUAACCAACCUCCAUCUAGUGGAGGUGCUUGCUCGACAGUUGAAACAUGUUCAAUAGCCGCCCCGGAUUUCCAGCUUCCCACGGCCAUUGGUACCACACCACCUGAUCUAUUCGAUGGAGUAACUAUGUCUACCGGAAUGUUUGGAAGUCCAACGACUGGCUCCACGAGUGUUACAUCUAACAAUAACAUUUUGGGAAUAGACGAUGUCGAUGUCAGCUUUAUAGAGAGUCUGAUAUCUAGGAGUAAUGAUAACAACUCAUUAUCUGCGCCACAAAUAGCAAAUUCCCAACCAGAUUUCGACCAAACAUUGAACUUCAUCUCUUUGAACACUUCCAAGACACCAUCAGCCAGCCCGGUGGGAUUAGACUAUCUCACUGUGUAUGGAACCCAUGACAGCAUUUCUUCAAACACUCACCCCAACACUGCGCAGCAUAACAUUGGCUCGGGGCACGUGUCACAAGUUCAUCCGGCCAUGGACCUAAUACCGCAUGAUAAAAGAAAUUCCAACGAAACGAGCCCAGUCAGGUCUUCAAAAGAAACCUCCUCCACAAACUCACCCACAGAAAAGCAACAAAGUAAGGGCUGGCUAAACCCUCUACACAUUGCCGCCCGCCGAGGACACGAAGCCAUCGUCCGCACUCUCCUUUCCCACCACAUCGACUGCAACGAAACGGAUAGCGAUGCAAGAACAGCUCUCAUCCACGCAUCGAUAGACGGUCACGACCAUGUAGUCAAUCUACUUCUUGCACACGGGGCACGCAUCAGCGAUUUAGAUCGACGGGGACGAUCAGCGUUGUAUUGGGCAACUAUGAACCAACAUGAGGCGGUCUUGCGGUUACUUUUGUGGGAAUACGAUAUGAAGGAGUGGGAACAGGGUAUUGAUGCUUAUGAUGAUAUGGGAUGGACAGCUUUACAUAUUGCUAUUGAGAAGGGGUUUGAUGUGGGUGUUCAGUUGCUCUUGGGGAGUGGGGCUAGCUUGCAUGCUAGAGCGAGGAAGACUUGUAAUGGUGAUGAUGAUAAGGAUAAGGAUGAUAGUAGGAUAGUACAAGCUGGUUAG